CGCCGCCGCCUCCUUCCCGGAGCCCGCUCUCCGGCGGAGCAGGGAGCAUGGCGGCGGCUCUGCUCAGCGAGCUGGAGAUCAAGCACCGCUCCAUGGCCGAGGAGGAUCCCAACGGCAACCAGCACGGGGCGGCGGCCCGCAGCAGCACCGUGCCCCGCUGGGGCCCGCAGCACGCCGGGGCCCGCCAGCUGGCCCAGCUCUACUCGCCCGGUAAACGGUUGCAAGAAUGGGUUUCUGUUAUCCUUUGCAUAAUCUUGGUCACAGUUGACUUUCUGCUCCUGUUAAUCCAUUUUUCAGCAAAUCAUCUUUAUAAAAUAAUAGCAGGUGUAGCUGCUGGAAUUAUUACAGCUGAUUUUGCCUCAGGCAUGGUUCACUGGGGAGCUGAUACCUGGGGUUCCGUUGAUAUCCCUGUCAUUGGCAAGGCAUUUAUCAGGCCAUUUAGAGAGCAUCAUAUUGAUCCAACAGCAAUAACCAGACAUGACUUCAUUGAGACCAAUGGAGAUAACUGUUUGAUAACCAUAAUUCCACUGGCCUUCAUGUUAUAUAAAUUCCUCUCUCAAACACCAGAAUAUAUACAUGAGACAUAUGCUUGGGAGUGCUUUAUUUUUGCGCUAGCUAUUUUUGUCACAAUGACUAAUCAGAUUCAUAAGUGGUCCCAUUCCUACUUUGGGCUGCCUCUAUGGGUCACAGUUUUGCAAGAUCUGCACAUCAUUUUACCGAGGAACCACCACAGAAUCCAUCACGUGGCACCCCAUGAAACCUAUUUUUGCAUCACUACAGGCUGGCUAAAUUACCCCUUGGACAGAAUAGGAUUUUGGAGGAAAAUGGAAAAUAUUAUAGAAGCAUUAACAGGUCAGAAACCUCGAACUGAUGAUUUACAGUGGGCAUGGAAGAUGCAAUAAAGCACUCUUUAAAAAAAAAAAAAGAACUAAUAUGUCAUCUACAGGAAACAAGCAUCUCUUUAGCACAAUGGAUUUUAACCUCUGGCACAAUGAGUUUAUGAAAACUUUGAAAUUCUGCAGAGCAUUGUUUGCAAUGUCACAGAAGAAUUUUAUGAUUUGCCAGCUUGGAUAUCUUUAAGAGUUGAAACACAAUGAUAUUUGGAACAUACAACCAUUGAAUAUAAUUGCUAAUCUUAAUUGGUUUUAAGAGACUAUUAUGCCUGAUGUUGUAUUUAUUAGGACGUCUGUAUCCUGUUACUGUGCUUAGGUGGAUACUCACAAUGCAUCUGACUUCAUAUAUGUACCCAGAAAAAAAAAGAUAUGUUAAUUAACAUAAAGUACAUUUUGGCUUCAGUGUAAGUAAGAUACAUAAAUUGGCUUUGUGCCAUUGUAUAUUGAAGAGUUUGUAUUGUUUAAUUUGCAUGAUGCAAUGUUUCAGUAUAGGCCUAAGGAGUAAUUUGACUAGAUCUUUAUUUUUAAACAGCCGAAUUUUAAA